AUGAAGCCUUGUAACCAUGGCAAACCAUCACAAACAAAAAUGUUAAUAAUGGUACGCAUUUUCUGCUUCUGCCUCGUUUCCACGUUAUUAUCUAUACAAGGCAGCCUUACUCUUACUCCAAAUGAGUCAAUCCAAGGCAAUAGGACCUUGGUUUCUUCUGCUGGAACUUUUGAAGCUGGAUUCUUCAACUUCGGAAAUUCACAAGGCCACUACUUUGGUAUAUGGUACAAGAACAUAACACCAAGGACCAUUGUGUGGGUGGCCAACAGAGAUGCCCCAGUGAAAAACUCAACAGCAUUUCUCACACUAACAGAACAAGGAGUUCCUGUUAUUCUUGAUGCAUCAAGGAGUGUUGUGUGGUCCUCCAAUACAUCAAGAACUGCUAAGAAACCAGUUAUGCAGCUUCUAGACUCAGGAAAUCUUGUUGUGAAAGAUGAAGACGAUACAAAAAACCUUUUGUGGGAAAGUUUUGAUUACCCUGGUGACACUUUCCUUGCAGGAAUGAAACUUAGAACAAACUUUGUUACUGGUUCUUUUAGGUCUCUCACAUCUUGGAAAAACGCUGAAGAUCCUGGCUCUGGUGAGUUUUCAUAUCAUAUAGAUGCUCAUGGCUUUCCUCAACUGGUUACUACAAAGGGAGAAAUUUUGAUUAGUAGAGGAGGGUCAUGGAACGGCUUUGUUUUCAGUGGAGUUUCUUGGCGAAGAAUGCUUACACUCGUCAAUUUUUCCCUAGUGAUUAACGACAAGGAAGUCAUUUAUCAAUAUGAAACCCUACAGGCUGAAAUUGUUACUAGGUUAGUGAUCAAUCCACAAGGCUUUGUGCAACGUUUGUUAUGGUCGGGUAGGAACCGUGGCUGGGAGAUUUUAUCUACUCGUCCCAUGGAUCAGUGUGAAUAUUAUGCCUUUUGUGAUGUGAAUUCCAUGUGCAAUGUUACUAACUCUCCAAAAAUAUGUACAUGCUUGGAAGGUUUCGUACCACAGUUCUAUGAAAAGUGGAGUUCAUUGGAUUGGUAUGGUGGGUGUGUUAGAAGAGUAAACUUGAGUUGCGAUGGUGAUGGGUUUCUAAAGUACACAGGAAUGAAGUUUCCAGACACUACUUCAUCUCGGUAUGACGAGAGUUUGAGCCUUGAGAAAUGUGAGAAAUUAUGUUUGAAAAACUGCUCUUGUACAGCAUAUGCAAAUAUAGAUGUCAAUGGGACAGGGUGCUUGCUUUGGUUUGGUAACAUUUCGGACUUGACAAGACACACAGAUCAAGGACAAGAUAUUUACAUACGACUUGCAGCUUCAGAGUUAGAUCAUAGAGGGAAUAACCAGAGCUUCGAUAACAAGAAGCUUGCAGGGAUACUAGUAGGCAUUGCGGCAUUCGUCAUGGUACUUGGAUUGGCCACAUUUACAUAUAUGAAGAGGAAGAAGGUCUCGAAGGGAGGUGUGUUUAUGAAAAAGUAA